GGAGACGCCAGAUGGCGCUGUUUCACGACGCCCUCUGGCGGAUGCGGCGCACGCUGACCUGGAAUCGCUGGCGAAUUGAGUGCGAUGCAUGAGGUGGAGGCUCCUCCAGAACAGACCACUCUACUCCCACCGUUUAGCAAGAAAGGAAGCGACGGCGGCAGACCUUACAGCAGAAGGAAGGGGGGGACGUAAAGGAAGCCAGGGACAACAAAGGAAAAGAGGCUCCAGAGUGAAGAUGGCUGAGCCGGAGCUGAAGUCACGGGGCAGCCGGGAGAGCGUCGCCAAGGCUGCCGGCCACCAGAGGAUGGGAGGUGAUGAAGCUCCUCUGACAGCCGACGGCAUCAGUGUGGAGCGGGCGGCUUCUCCGUCCGACGCCAUGGUCCCCGAGAGCGCCGCAGAAGGUGCUCCAGCCAAGGGAGAGAAGGUGAAGCUCAAGCGCAGCAUCACUCUUAUCAACGGCGUGGGGAUGAUCAUCGGCACCAUCAUCGGCUCGGGCAUCUUCGUCACCCCCACCGGCGUUGUUAAAGAAGCCGGGUCCGCCGGACUCUCGCUGGUCAUCUGGUCGGUUUGCGGGUUGAUCUCCACCAUGGGAGCUCUGUGCUACGCCGAGCUGGGCACCACCAUCACCAAGUCAGGGGGAGACUACACCUACAUCCUGGAGGUGUACGGGGAGCUGGCUGCUUUCCUCAAGCUCUGGGUGGAGAUGCUGAUCAUCCGACCCUCCUCGCAGUACGUGGUGUCCCUGGUCUUCGCCACCUACCUUCUCAAACCUCUGUUCCCCAGCUGCCCAGUGCCUGACAGCGCUGCCAAGCUCAUAGCCUGCGCCUGUCUCGCCACGCUGACGUUUGUCAACUGCAUCAGUGUGAAAGCAGCGACCAAAGUUCAAGACUUGUUCACAGUCUCCAAGCUGGUGGCUCUGAGCAUCAUCAUCCUCUUCGGCUUCAUUCAGAUUUUCAGAGGUGAUGUGCCUUACCUGAGACCCGAUGUUGCGUUUGAGGGCAGCAAAUAUGGCGUGGGCAACAUCGUCUUGGCUCUGUACAGCGGCCUCUUCGCCUUCGGCGGGUGGAACUACCUGAACUACGUCACGGAGGAGAUGGUCAAUCCAGAGAGGAACCUGCCGCUGUCCAUCAUCAUCUCCCUCCCCAUUGUCACAGUGGUCUACGUCCUGACCAACCUGGCCUACUUCACCACCAUCUCGCCGCAGGUCAUGGUGGAGUCGGAAGCCGUGGCUGUGAGUUUCGGCGAGUACCACCUGGGGGUGAUGGCCUGGCUGAUCCCGGUGUUCGUGGGGCUCUCCUGUUUCGGAGCCGUCAACGGGUCCCUGUUCACCUCGGCGAGAUUGUUCUACGUCGGAGCAAGGGAGGGUCAACUUCCUGCUGCUCUGGGGUUGGUCCACACCGACCUCUUCACUCCGGUUCCCUCACUGAUCUUCACUUGCUUCCUGUCCAUGAUGUACGCCAUCUCGCAGGACAUCUUCUCCGUCAUCAACCUCUUCAGCUUCUUCACCUGGCUGUGUGUGGGGAUGGCCAUCGCCGGGAUGCUGUGGCUGCGCUUCAGAAAGCCUCACCUUCGACGUCCCAUUAAGGUGUACCUCUUCAUCCCCGUCACCUUCGUCCUGAGCUGCGUCUUCAUGAUCGUGGUGUCGUUCUGGGCGGCUCCGUUCGAGUGCCUGAUCGGCUGCGGCAUCAUUCUCACAGGUAUCCCGGCGUACCUGCUGGGCUACAAGUGGAAGAAGCCCCAUGUGGUGAAGAAGAUGCUGGAAAUCUUCACAACGUUCUGUCAGAAGAUCUUCCUGGCGGUUCCCGAGGAGAAGGAACAACAUGAAGCGGCCGAGGUGUCACAGUGAGACUCGAAUGGAGACCAAGAAGAGCCAAUGUUUAGUUCCGAUGUUUACAUUCGUUCUGCAUUUCCUUGUUCCUUCACAGUGUCACAAUCCAUUACGUGAAUGUAUGCUGUUAGCGUAGCGGCUAGUACAUGAAGAUCCGUUAGUUCAUAUUUUGUACACUUUUUUAUUGACAGUUUCCAAGCGUUUUUUCUUUCACGUUCUGACCAAUGACAUUUUUUUUCCUUUUCCCACUCUCGAGCUAGUGUAGCAACACUAAGCCCCCUUUUUGUAUCAGCAACAGAUUUGUGUCUGAGAGCUGUCAGAGCUGCUCAGCCCAGUUACAGGCUUGGUUCACAUGUAGCCCUCAUAAACACUUCGGUGGUGUUGGAGAUGUUUCUGAGCCAGGUGCGUUGCACUCUCGCUGGAUGGGAGGCUCCUUGAGUCUUCAAUACGCUUGGUCGCAGCUUACUGAGGCCUUUUCUGUGGUGUCCGAACAUGUUUGGAUCAACUCACCCCUGUGCUGUUUUGGGACGCACAACCGUAGAUUCCUCCUCCUCAUUCCUCAUGGUUCUUGCUAGAGGCGGUGAUUCUGUUUUCUAAGCUAUACACAUUUUAGUCCAACUAUAAAACAGGGUUCACAACUAUCACCGCUAUUUUUUUACUGCUGUAAGUUUAGUUUUAUACAUUGAAGAAAAUCGCUGCUCAAUAAUUUAGCACAAACGUUGAUUGUGGUAUUUGCUGAGGCUUUUCUUGUGUGUUUAUCCAAAUAUUUCAUUGUUUGGGAUGAAGAAUUGCUGUGUCAUGGUUCGUGGCGUUUUGUGUAGUGUAUUCAUGGGCCGUUGUCUCUCUAGACCAAAACGAAUGUUGCGUCUUGUAAUGAUCACAGCUGAGGUCAUGUAUUUUUUAUUUUUUUUAAUGAAUCAGGCUUUAAAAAACUGAUUUGAAGACUCUCAAUCAACCUUAAAUAUAUAUUUUAUUUAUUUCGAUUUCAUGUGAGAUGUUUUCCGUUUGGCUAAAAUAGGAUUCAACGUUUAUUUUGCACAGUGUUUAUGAAAAGAAGGAAUUUGAAUUUGAGGAAUUUGAAAUGAAAGCACCAAGAUUGAACUGUCAGCAGCGUGAAGUGAUUUCAGUUUAGUUGUCUGAGCGACUGUUUCUAGUUUUUGGUGAGUUGUGCUGGAACGUGUCCUUUUGUGUGUGAAGAUUGUUGGAGAGAGAAGCAAAAGCUGAAGUGUUUGUGCCUAAAACAGCCGCGUGUGUGCUGCCGGUCGAUGUUUGUUUUACUCUCUCGUUGUGGGGUGACAAUAAAGCUAUUUUUGCUCAUGUCUGUCGCUCAUUCAUCCCUAAUAAAUACACGUGGAAUCAGACGUUUCACAUCUUCAUUUGGUGUCUCGGCUGUGCUGGUGUAUAUGGA